AUGUUUGCUCGAGCUGUCAGAUCGUCUUGUGGGCGUCUGCCGCAUCGAGCGCAAGGCAUCUAUGGACUCCCUCGUAUUAGAAAUCAAAACCAACUACGAAUCCUAACUACAAGUCGCCCGUUACGAAACAAUCAGAAGCCCACGGUUACUCCUCCAAUACAAUCGAAAAUAGCUUCGAUAGCUACGGACACGACGAAAAAGAACGAUGGACCGGGCGUUCAGAAAUUGGUCGCGGAGACCAAAUCAACUCCGGUGAAGAAGACAGAAGAUAUUCUCAAUACAAGCGCAGCUACAAAUAAAGAGCAACGGAAGGCAGACUGGGCCAUUAUGAAAGAUUUAGCAAAGUACUUGUGGCCGAAGGGUGAUUGGGGAACUAAGUUGCGAGUUGGAACAGCUCUCUCGCUGUUGAUUGGAGCAAAGGUCCUUAACGUCGAAGUUCCGUUUUACUUCAAAAAUAUUGUCGACUCGAUGAACAUCGAUUUCGCAACCGUGGGCGGCACUGCAUCGACAGUGGCAGGGUCCAUGAUACUAGCCUACGGAGCGACAAGAAUUGGCGCUACAGUAUUCCAAGAAUUGAGAAACGCUGUAUUCGCCAGCGUUGCGCAGAAAGCGAUUCGAAAAGUUGCGGGCAAUGUUUUCGAUCACCUACUGUGUCUAGACCUGAACUUUCAUUUGAGUCGGCAAACUGGUGGUCUUACAAGAGCGAUUGACCGAGGAACCAAGGGUAUCAGCUUCUUGUUGACAUCCAUGGUGUUUCAUGUCUUUCCGACUGCAUUGGAGAUUUCGAUGGUUUGCGGCAUCUUGACAUAUCAAUACGGUUUCCGAUUUGCUGCAAUCACAGCAGCCACUAUGGUCGCAUACACUGCCUUUACCAUUACAACAACAGCCUGGCGAACAAAAUUCAGAAGGCAGGCUAAUGCUGCGGAUAACAAGGGCGCUACAGUUGCUGUCGAUUCAUUGAUCAACUACGAAGCUGUCAAAUACUUCAACAACGAAGCCUACGAAGUGUCACGUUACGAUAAAGCUCUCAAAGCGUACGAAGAUGCGUCUAUAAAGGUGACCACAUCUCUGGCAUUCUUGAACUCAGGACAGAACAUGAUAUUUUCCAGUGCGCUCGCUGCCAUGAUGUAUCUUGCAGCGGAUGGGGUGGCAACCGGACAGUUGACUGUGGGAGACUUGGUGAUGGUCAAUCAAUUGGUCUUCCAACUUUCCGUCCCGCUGAACUUCCUAGGUUCUGUCUAUCGUGAGCUUAGACAGUCUCUACUUGAUAUGGAGACACUUUUCAAUCUUCAAAAGGUCAACGUCACCGUUAAGGAGCGACUAGAUGCCAAAGUCUUGGACUUGUCGCGAGGAGGUGAAAUCCGAUUUGAGAAUGUGACCUUUGGAUACCAUCCCGACCGACCCAUUCUCAAAAACGCGAGUUUCACAAUUCCUGCUGGAGCAAAGUUUGCCGUUGUCGGACCGAGUGGUUGCGGAAAGUCUACAAUUCUUAGGCUUUUGUUCCGCUUUUACGAUGUUCAAGAGGGCCGUAUCUUGAUUGAUGGCCAGGAUGUGCGUGAUGUGACUCUGGAGAGCCUACGAAAGUCGAUUGGUGUCGUACCACAAGACAUGCCUCUAUUCAACGAUACGAUCGAGCACAAUAUCCGUUAUGGUAGGAUAGAUGCUACUAGUGAAGAGGUCCAGAAAGCUGCCGAGAGAGCACACCUACACGAAUUAAUUAAAAGAUUACCGGACGGAUAUAAAACAGCAGUCGGUGAGCGAGGCAUGAUGAUUUCUGGGGGAGAGAAACAACGGUUGGCCAUAUCACGGCUCAUUCUAAAAGACCCACCAUUGCUAUUCUUUGACGAAGCGACUUCGGCUUUGGAUACGUAUACAGAGCAGGCUCUUCUACAGAACAUCAAUAGUAUUAUCAAAGAGAAGGCACGGACAAGUGUGUUUGUCGCACAUAGGCUGCGUACUAUCUAUGAUAGUGAUCGAAUUCUUGUUCUCAAAGAUGGCCAUGUUGUUGAAAGUGGCACACAUGCACAAUUGCUUGAAAUGAAAGGUGUCUAUGCAGCGUUGUGGCAUGCUCAAGAGUUAUCCCUCGCCCAAGACGCAGGUCUAGAAAGAAACCUUGAACUUGGGCCGGAUUCAGAACUGGCUGAGAACGUGGCACCCACAGAUUCGGCACAGCCAAAGAAAUGA